UAUAAAUGGGUUGACGGAUAACUAAAAGAAAAACAGGCAGACGUCACUUCAUAAUAUAAUAUCCUUCAUUUAAACAGUUUCAGAUACAUAUUAGUAGAUGAGAUAUCUUCAUUGUUGGUUAAAUAUUGAAGAGAUUUAAUGUACAAUUUCAACUGAAUGACUUGAACAAAGGCUUUGACUGAGAGCAUUUGGCUGAUUUGGCUCUUUGUGUGAAACUUGCUACUACUGCGUCUAGCGAUUACACACGUGUUGCGUCACUAACAUGCGCCGAGGAGAGGAAAGGCGAUUUGGGGAAAUUACCUAAAGUCCCAAGUGGAAGUCAUUACCCAUUAUUUAAAUGUGAUGGCUGUAUUGAGAUAACCAGGAGAGAUUUCAACAUGCACGGGUGAUGUGCAAGUUUCUUCAAGUGAAUGUUUGCUUAGGUGCACUAUACCGUUAGCACCGUCUGCAACUGUCAGACUUCCAUUACACUACAUCCUCAAACUGGAGGAGACACUGGUGAGUGUGGUUAACGUUGUUAGCUAGCACCGCGGCUAGCUAACGGUAGCUGGAAACAAAUGAACCCGGACCUGGGUGUAUCUGCUACGCGUCCGCGGUCAACCGCAAGGCAGUUGCUGUACAGAAGUUAAAGCCAAGUUGGAGUUCUCAGAAACCAUGUACUGAGGUACAACUCCCUCCCUUACUCGACAAAACAUCACCAAUUCCGUACGGCCACAACUAGGUAGUAGUGGGACUCGUAUCAGACGGAGGAGAAACUCCAGUCAUGCCAUCAGCUGAUUUUUAAAGCUCGACUAUUAUGCCCUGGGUCAAACACCUGCUGUUGUAAAUGUGCUAGCCAUGGCUUCUCGCAAGGUAGAUGAACUACCAAGUGAUGCCAAGCCUUCACCUUCAGGGGCAGAUCAGCCCUCCCGAUGUGGCCCUGAUGAUAUUGCUGAGGAGCUUCAGUCAGAGUCAACGAAUGUGGCAGUGAAAUCUCAAAAAACAGGAAAAUUCAGGAGGACUGCCCUGACAUUUUUUGGAGUUCGUAAAAGUAUAUGUAUAUUGCCAAGUUUCUUUGGAGGGAGGAGUAAAAACCAGAGCAAGUGGGUCUCUAAGAAAGGAAUUGGCAAAAGCAGAACACAUGAUGGGCUAAGUAAAGUCAGUCAUGACGAUAGUCUGAGAAGUGGAUUUGCCUCAGCUGGGGAUUUUGAGUACCAUAGCCAGAAGGACGUUGCUGGAGCUCUCCAGAGCAACUGUCACAAUGAAUGUAGUCACCCUGCUGUUGACCUGAAGUCUCUGACUCUGGGACGGCAGAAAAAGGGUUUAAGGAGUCUUUUUCAAAGUUUUAAGCAACACAGGAGGAAUGUUGGAUUGGACAAAACUGAAAUGACUGCAGUGUCCUCUCCUCAUGUCAAGAAAGAGGUGCCUGUUGUCCAGGACAACACCGACCAGUAUGUCACAGAGUGCCUGGGAUCUGAACCUGAUGUGCCUGAUUUAGCAGAUGUUAUGUGUGAUAUUCCCAAUGCACUUGAAUGUGAUGAUGUAGAUGCAAUAGAAUUAGAGAACUGCGUUGCAAAAGAAAGCCCAAAGUCUGACUUUGGUGAUCAGGUGUUUGAUGAUCAGUUCGAGGAAAUUCAUGUAAAGGGCAUAGUUUCUGGUGAAUAUGAACCUUCUAGAGGUUCCAGUGAGCCAGCGAUUUCACAGCCUGCAAUAAAGUCUGGAACACCUACAGGCUCAUCAGAUCAGCUGAACAUAAUAUUUGGAGACGUUGCAUCGUUAAAGAGCUUUGAUUCGCUAACUGGCUGUGGGGACAUCAUUGCAGAUCAAGAGGACGACAGCAUCACAGAAAGCACCGUUUCUGGUGAAAGGAGCAGAAAUGGAGGGAAGAGAGCUUCUUGUUAUCUGACUUAUCAGGGUGGUGGUGAAGAAAUGGCCUCGCCAGAAGAUUUUGAUGAAACUUGUCUUCAGGAUUUCUGGGGAAACAAUGCGUCAGAGGAGAUGUGCUGUAGUUGCAAUCCAGACCAGACAGAAAUGACAGCUGAGCUGACAAGUUCUCACAAUAUGGAUGCACUGAAUAGUAGUAGUGCACAGCAGGCCGGUGGCAUGGACACUUCCUCUAUUGCUGAUGUUUUAACUCCUCAAAGUGAGCAUCAGGAGUCAGUUCCAAAUAGUGAUGAGGGCUACUAUGAUUCAACAACUCCUGGGCCAGAGGAAGGGCAAGAAAAAAGUAACCGAUUAAGGACAGGCAGAUUACCCAGGGACAGUUACAGUGGUGAUGCCCUCUAUGAACUUUUUGCUCCUGAUGAGAGUCUCAUCAGCCCUCAUUAUGAAAACAAAUCACAUCUUCCCAGUUCAAAACAGAGUGACUAUUUAACUGAGCCGGUUGACGUGACAGAUCCUACCUUCGUUCCAGAAAUAAAUCGCUUACAAAUAAGUGCUGAACUGUACAAAGAUGAUUUUGUAGAGAUGCCAAGCACAUGCACUAAAUCCUCAGAGUCGGCACAAAAUGUGGUGGGUCAGCAGGAAAUUGGAGCGAAUACAAACGGGAAUUUGAAUUCAAAACCACAAACAUCAGUCAACAUGAAUAACAUUGAACCGGAUAUAUUUAAUGAAAAGGAAAAUGCUCUUGCUUCCACUGAAAAAAUAACUAAAUCCACAAAUGCUGACUGUGAUAAACAACACAGCAGCUUGUCAUUUGGGAGCACAUCUGACCCAGACUUUGAAACUUUUUGUGAACCCAAAGAGGAACAUCUUGAAGAAAACAAACCUGUGGCUUUACCAUACAGAAAUAUCAAUCCUCAGUCUCAAGAUUCUAACAGGUAUAUGGAUGAUGGGGAGACGGUGUGUUUCUCACAAGCACUCGUAGAUUACACAAAACGCACUCUAAUGCUGAGUGACUUGUGCAACAAUGUAGAUGAUCUGGGGACAAACACUGCCUUCACUCCAAACAUGGAGGCCUUACCUACCAUAGUCACAUUUGAUGUAGUAGAUAUGCAUAAUGAGGGUGAAUACGAUGAGCAGAUUCACAUCGAACUGGAAGAAGAAAUUUCGUCACCCUAUCAGGAGUUUGAAGACAGCUACCUACAAAAAGAUGCAUUUGCUGAAUGUGAUUAUCCGAUGUUAGACCUGUAUGAACAGAAUCUGAUCAGUAAUACGUGGGCUGUUGCUAGUCUCCCACGUCACCUAGGCCUUGCAAGAUUCAGCCAGCCCAUGCCUAAUCCAUUGUCCCUAGACAGGAGGAGUAGGUCUUUGGACACAGAAAGCCUUGAGUUGAAUUUGCCUAACACCUACGGAGAGAACAGAGCUGCUACAGUUCCUUGUCCGCAAACUAAAAAGGACUCUGAGGGAGACUCUUCACUGUAUUAUAAAAAGAAUGUAGUCAUAUCUGCAUCAGAAGUUCAAGACAGUAACAGCAUUAUGGCCUUAUCACCCCAAACAAGGUCAGAAGUGGCUUUAAGCCUUUCUUUGACAGAAGGAAAAAUCACUGACGAGGUACAGAGUCUCAGUCAAAUCCAAGUAGAACACAUGCUGUUUCCUUGCUCAUCCAACAGCGACCUUAACAGUAAACUGCCGCAUCUAUCCUCUGAUGUGUCAGACAGCUGUGAAUUAGUUUCACAGAAUACAGAACUUUACAGCAAACAUUACCGUCCUUUGCUGUCAUAUUCCUGCUUACCUCAGAGCACCUUUGUUUAUCCUGGAAUGAUGGAAGAGGAAUCACUUGACAUUGAUGGGAGUAUUUUCUGUAAGGCUGCUGCUAAUUUGCAAUCCUAUAAUCAGAGCGGUAAAAGCAAACCAGCACCUGGUAGGGAAGGUAUAGCCCAUGCUAAGAGUCCUCUUAAUGCAGCUGUUUCUAAAGAUGUAAUGGCUGUCCUCAUUGAAACGAGAGCAUCCAGGGAUGUGGCGUGCCCUGUUGCCUGCAGCAAUCUCUCAGAGGCAACUUUUAAUUAAAAGGCUCUCCAUCACACAGUUCAGAUCAAAUGUUUUUGUGCCAGGAAGUGCUUUUAAUUUCACCAAAAGAAUAAUUGUUGCUCAUUUUUACUUGCACAACUAAUUAUGAAAAGUUGCUCACUGCUGUGAGAGAAGUAGAGUCGAAUAUGAACAUGAUCUAUUCUGUAACAUAACAUCAUAUUUGCACAGUACCAAUUACUUUGCACACAAGUUGCAUAGAUGUUAGCUAAAGAUAUUUAAGGGAAUGCCAUUUUCAUUUGCAGUUGAAAUACUCAGUUUCAUAUCAUUAAGCUACCGAGUUCUGCUAGAUUGUUUGUACCCAUGUGUAGCCUCGGUAUCUAGAUCUCUUCACUAAUGUCAGCAAUGUUCAUUGGCCUGACUCCACUUUACAGCCAAACUAAGCCGACCAAACCCUGCUUGCCUUUGAACAUAGGAAUGCUUAUUCUGUAAAUGUCAACGUGUGUUUGUUUUUACAACUUUUCCCAGAUACUUUUUGCUGUAGUGAGGUUUGUUUUAAGCAGUUGUGGUGGUUUUAAUGUUGUCUAAACUGAAUUUCAGAGCAGAUUACUUUUGUGAAACAACAAAGGAAUAUCUCAACUGCAUAAAUGAUUACCUCAUUACCUGAUUUUAUUACAAGUCUCUUGACACCUUCAUGGGGUCACUUUUAAAAUGCAUUAAGCUAGCUAGUUUUUCUGCUGAACCCGUAAGAUAAGCAGGAUGAUUGUGACUGAUAGUUCUCACUUUUCAAAUUUAGCUGUUAUUUUAGGAACAUACAAUAGGCUGCUUAGAAAGGAAAACAAAUAUAUUUGCAUGUCAUUAGCAUCUCAGAUGCAAAUAUCUGAUAUGCAAAAACGUAUUACACCGAAGAACCUGUUCAAAAGCAGUAAAAUAUAUAAAAAUGGUUAAUGUGGGAAAGGAAACCAAACUGAAGAAGUAGGUCAAACAUCCUGUUUGCCUUUAACCAUAUCUUUCUGGUGUGGUCUUUUUUUUUUUUUUUUUUUUUUUUUUACUUUGGCCCAUUUUCAACCUAAAGUUCAAAAUUCAUGCUAAAUUAAUUCUGUCCAAAAUUGCAUUACUGUAAGCAUUUCAAUGGGGGCUUUUAUGUUUAUACACAGUCAAAUGUCAAGAUAAACAUUUCCACCUUGUGUCAUAUUCUUGAGAAACAAUAUUGAAAAAAGGUCAAAUUUGUAUUUAUAUUCUCUGUAAUUUGUACACUGUAAUAUGUCCUUUAAAAUGGUUUCACAUGGUAAAUAUUGUUUAGUAUGAGUUCUGUUUUCAUGUUUUCUAAAAAGAUUGUGUUGCUUUCUUUAAUUUUUUGAAAAUCUGUUACUAUUUUGUCAGAGUAGAACACUGCCUUACACAAAAAUAAAUGUGACAUGACAUA